AUGGCUUCAGUCUCACCGCAACCGCCUCAACAAGCCUUCGGUGGCGGGCCCACCGGUGAGGACUCAGCGCCGUUAGCAACGAUGAAUCUCGACUUCUUGCGGUCGGUAAACGGGAAGAAGACAACAAGAGAUGGGCAACCACAGAAACGGCGCGGUCCCAAGCCAGAUAGCAAGCCGGCGAUGACCAGGCGCCAGGAACUCAACCGACAGGCUCAAAGGACCCACCGUGAACGUAAGGAGCUCUACAUCAAAGCUCUCGAGGACGAAGUUCUUCGUCUCAAGGAGAUCUUUAGCCACAUUGCGCAAGACAAAGAACGUCUCGCAGAGGAGAACCGCCAACUCAAGGCUAUGCUGGUCCAAAACGGCCUCAAUGUCUCCUUGCCGGCCGGCAGUGUCUUUGAUGACCAGAUGAGCAACCCCAGCGGCGGUUACUCAUCCAGUGCCAGCCUCUCUGGUAGCCACGUCCCAGCAUCCAGCCAGACGACCGCUUUCACGCCCCCACCGCCGUUAUCCGGUGGGCGCUCACCAAACAGCGCGGCAUACUCAUAUCCGCAGCCCCAGCAGCAGCAGCAGCAGCAUCCCGGUCAGGCAAAGCUGGGGAAUCCGACUCCAAUGCUGGACUAUGAACAAGUCGGCAUCGACUUUGUCUUGAGCCUCGAAAAGUCUUGCAUGAACCACCUCCCCUGGUUGCUCGAACGCGGCGUCGACGCCCCCGGCCCUCGCGAACCCUGCGGCCACGCGCUCAUGGCGUCUUGCCCACCCGAGCCCUUUUCCGAGCUCUCAGCCGACGUCCCCUUCGGCCAGGCCAACAACCCGGCCCAAAACGCCAACCCCACCCUGCAGCCCCCCGGAGACAACCAAGUCGCGACCGUGGCUGCUGCUGCCGCCACCGGCCCCGGGGCGUCGGGCACCUGGACUCUCAACAAAGGGGACCUGACCACGCUGCUGGAUCUGAGCAAGCGGCUGAACCUAGACGGCGAGAUCACGCCGGUGAUGGCGUGGGGCAUGGUUCUGGCACACCCGCGACUGGAAGAGCUGCGCGGGGAGGAUUUUACCAAGCUUGCGGAGGAAUUGGCGGGUAAGGUGCGCUGUUAUGGGUUCGGCGCGGUGAUGGAAGAGUUUGAGGUUCGGGAUGCGCUGGAGAAUGUGUUCUCUAUGCGGCCUGAUUUCAAUAUGGGGUAUUGA